CUUUAAAAGGAAAAUUAAAAUUAAGAGAGAGACAAUACAGUAUUACCACUGUGGAGGGUGCGACAGAAACCCAGAAGUAUAUAGAGAGAGAGGGAGGGAGGGAGAGAGAGAGAUGGGUACAGGAUACAGAAUUAAAGUCCAUAUAAUAAAUAAAAAAACUGUAAGAAAAGAAAACAAUUGUAUAGUAGAGAGAAGAGAUAGAUAGGAACUAAAAAGAGAGAGACAGAGAGAGAGAGAGAGAGGGAACACUUUAUUGCCUUUUUCAUGAUGCACGCAUCCAUGGCAGAACAGAGAAGGGUACAGAGUACUGCAGCUGCUGCAACGACACAAGGGUAGAAGAAAAGAGAGCCAAGAACAUCAAAAAUCAACAGCAACAACAAGAAGAAAAAGAAAAGAGAGAAAAAAAGACUAAUUCUUGAAAAGAAAAGAGAGAUGGAGCUGCAAUGGAGUUGGAGAGAGGAGAUGUAGAUAACAUGGAACUCAAAAAGAAGAGGAAGAAUAAGGUGAAGAGCAAUUUAAAUAGGUGUUUUUUUGAAAUGGGUUUCUUUUUCUUCUUUUUUCUUUAAGAAGAAGAAGAAGAAGAAGAAGAGGACGAGGACGAGGAGCGAGAUUUAUGGCAUGCAAGGAGCGAUGGUGGGUUUAAAAUUAAUCUCUCAGAUAAAAGAACAAGAAAGUUCCUUUAAGUUCUUUUCUUUUUCUAAAUCUAAGCAAAAAAAUAACCCACUUGAGCUAACCUAACCCAUUCCUUCACUUCACUUCACUUCACUUCACUUGCACAAAUCUUGGCCUUUUUGUUCUCCUCUCCUUUUGAUCUCUAAACAAGAAAAAAAGAAAGAAAGAGUACUUAGCUUCUUGGCAUACAUGAGUGGGAUGCCCUUUCAUUUGCAGGGGAAGGGGGGCUUAGAUAUUGUUGAUAUUGCUACUUUUGCUUCCAUUUGUGCUCAGCAAGAAACUUGGAAACAGAAGCAACAGCUACAACAACAAGAAGUUAAUAGCUUUGCAAGCACAGAACCCACUUCAGUUCUUCAUAUGAGAAGAAGUCCUAGUCCACCUACAUCAGCUUCAACUCUCUCCUCAUCCUUCAACAACGGCGGUGGGGGCGGUAACUCCACCGACAACACCACCACUACGGCCACAGAAAAAGUGGUGAAUCCCUUAAAUAAUGAAAGAAAGGAUGAAUGGGCUACAGAGUUGCAACCAAUCCCAAGUGGGCUAGAGAUUUCCGCAGGUGAAAGAUGUGGGGUUGGCUUGGAGGAUUGGGAGAAUAUGUUCUCUGAGCCAAACCAAGAACAGUCUUUGUUGAGGUGGAUCGCUGGGGAUGUGGAUGAAUCUUUUGGGUUAAGGCAGCUGUUGCAGGGCGGAAACAAUCCGGGUGAGUUUGAUGGCAAUGGUACUGCUGGGUUAGGGAUUGUAGAUCAUGCACCUGGGUUUGAGGCAAUGACUGCAAUAGCAAGUGGAGUUUCAAGCAUUGCUACAAAUUUGUCUAGUUUUCCUACUUCUGGGUAUAGUUCAAUAACCAGUGGUAGCAACAAUGGGAAUGGAAAGCUUGGGUCUUGUUUAGUCUCUCCACCUUCUUCUUCUUUUACUUCUGGGUCGGUUAAUUUUAUAAGUGUUGGAUUGGGAAGCAACAGUAGCAGUAACUGUAGCAUACAAAAUCCAAUUUUUGGUUCUUCACCUAGCAGUGUUUCUCUUCCGGGUGCUUUACCUCCUGGUAUGGUUUAUCAUCAUAAUCUGCAACAUCAAAUUGAAGCACCUGAAGAAAAGCCACAGAUUUUAAAUCCACAGGUGCUGAUGAAUCAGCAGCAAUCUCAAAAUUCAAACUUUUUCUUGCCAUUGCCUUUUCCUCAGCAAGAAAAUCAUCUCCUUCAACCCCAAACCAAGAGGCAUAACUCUGGUGGGAUGGACCCAAUGCCUCAGAUGAUAUCAAAGCUCCCAUUUUCUGAUCCUGGUUAUGAGUUAUUGCUAAGAAAACAACAGCAUAUGGGUUUUCAACAAGGGGUUCAUUUUCUUCAUCCACAUCUUCAACAGAAGCCAUUGGUGGUAAAGAAGGAAGUAGGAGGAGGACACCAACAGCAACAGCAGGCACAGCACCAGCAUGCGUUGUUAGACCAGCUCUACAAGGCUGCUGAACUGGUAGGGACUGGGAAUUUCUCACACGCGCAAGGGAUAUUGGCGCGGCUCAAUCAACAGCUCUCCCCAAUUGGAAAGCCUCUCCACAGGGCAGCUUUCUACUUCAAGGAGGCUCUCCAAUUGCUCCUUCUCAUGAAUAAUAACCCAGUCACUUCCCUGCCGCCUAGGAGCCCGACUCCGUUUGAUGUCAUCUUCAAACUGGGUGCUUACAAAGUCUUCUCUGAAGUCUCUCCAUUAAUCCAAUUUGUUAACUUCACUUGCAAUCAGGCCCUCCUUGAAGCCCUUAGUGAAGCUGAUAGAAUCCAUAUAAUUGACUUUGAUAUUGGUUUUGGUGCGCAGUGGGCUUCUUUUAUGCAGGAACUUCCGCGAAAUAGAGGUGCCCCAUCAUUGAAAAUUACAGCCUUUGCCUCUCCGUCAACUCACCACCCUGUUGAGGUUCUCCUUAUGCGCGAAAACUUAACCCAGUUUGCUAAUGAGAUUGGCAUAAGUUUUGAACUUGAUGUUAUUAACUUUGAUUCUUUGGAACAAAGCUGUUAUUCUCUUCCCAUUUUUCGAUCAAAAGAAAAUGAGGCUAUUGCAGUGCAUUUUCCUGUUUGGUCUGCCUCGAAUCAACCGGCUGCAUUACCCUCUCUACUACGCUUUGUGAAGCAGCUUUCGCCAAAGAUUGUCGUGUCCUUGGAUCGAGGGGACAGAACUGACCUUCCAUUCCCACAACAUAUCCUCCAUGCUCUCCAAUCUCAUAUACUCCUAUUGGAAUCACUGGAUGCUGUUAAUGUGGCUUCUGAUGCUGUGAACAAGAUUGAGAAGUUCCUACUCCAGCCAAGGAUUGAGAGUACUGUGUUGGGGCGGCUCCGAGCUCCAGACAAAAUGCCUACUUGGAAGACGAUAUUUGCUUCUGCUGGGUUCUCUCCUGUGACUUUCAGUAACUUCACUGAAACUCAAGCAGAGUGUGUGGUAAAGAGGACUCCAGUUAGGGGAUUUCAUGUAGAGAAGCGCCAAGCUUCGCUUGUUCUUUGUUGGCAGCGUCGAGACCUUAUCUCAGCUUCAGCUUGGAGGUGCUGAGGAGUGGCAAUUUGACUAGCAGGGGUGGUUGGUUCUCAGUCAACUCACAGUUUAUCAAAGGUUCCAACUUAAUCUAAUGUGGUAUUAUAUCAAUAAAAAAACUUUGAAUUGUCGUUGAUGAUGCCUCCUUUGGGACUUAAUAUUAAUUGUCUAGCUUGUGAGUCGCCUCUGCUUGUUGUCUAUCUAGUCCAAGUAGAACAAAACAUCUAACUGCAAAGUCUAUUAGGGAAUUUAUUUGUUUUGAAAUGGUUAUUGCUGGUAUUGUAUUUGAUGUUGUUUCUGGUAAGAAGGGUGCUUUUUGUGUUGGUUAAGGAAAUCUUAUUUUGUUGUAUACUUAACAACGAAUGGAAACUAGUGGAAACCAGAGUUUCAUUCUCUUUUUAUGUGCACUCUGUAUAAACUUUUACCAUUAAUGCCAGUUUGAUAUGUAAAGUGUUGACUCUUCUCAUUUUCCUUCA